AUGGCUCCGCCGCGAGUGUCUCGUGGGAAAGGCCCCAAGUCAAAGCAUGACUCUGACAGGACCUUGAAACGCAAGCGCGGUGAGGACGAGCUGUCCUCACUCGCCCAAAAAGUCGAAGACCUCGACCUCAAGGCUACCCCCAAAUCCUUCUCCGACUUGCCUCUCUCCGAUCCCACCGCACGGGGCCUAGCUGCCUCACACUUCAAGACCCUGACCGACAUUCAGUCCCGCGCGAUCAACCAUGCCCUCAAGGGACGCGAUAUCCUCGGCGCUGCCAAAACCGGGAGCGGCAAAACGCUGGCUUUCUUGGUCCCUGUGCUUGAGAAUCUCUACCGCAAGCAAUGGACCGAGUAUGAUGGCCUUGGUGCGCUCAUCCUCGCACCGACCCGCGAGCUUGCCAUUCAGAUCUUCGAGGUCCUACGCAAGGUGGGUCGAUACCAUGCCUUCUCUGCCGGACUGGUCAUAGGCGGCAAGAGUUUGCGCGAGGAACAAGAACGAUUGGGGCGGAUGAACAUUCUGGUUUGCACUCCGGGACGCAUGCUCCAGCAUCUGGACCAGACAGCCAUGCUCGAGACCAACAACAUGCAGCUUUUGGUGAUGGAUGAGGCAGAUCGAAUCUUGGAUAUGGGUUUCCAGAAGACAGUGGACGCUAUCGUUGACCACCUUCCCAAGAAACGCCAAACGAUGCUUUUCAGUGCCACCCAAACGAAGAAGGUGGGAGAUUUGGCUCGCCUGAGUCUACAGGACCCCGAGUACGUCGCUGUCCACGAGGCUGCCGCCUCAGCAACACCGUCAACCCUUCAGCAACACUACACAAUCACUCCGCUGGAAUCGAAGCUCGAUGUCCUAUGGAGUUUCAUUCGCAGUAACCUCAAGUCCAAGACCGUGGUUUUCUUGUCCUCUGGCAAGCAGGUUCGGUUCGUGUAUGAGUCGUUCCGACACCUCCAGCCUGGUAUUCCGUUGAUGCACUUGCACGGCAAACAAAAGCAAGGUGGCCGGCUUGACAUUACCACCAAAUUUUCCCAGUCCCAGCAUGCAGUUCUGUUCGCGACGGAUGUUGCUGCCCGGGGACUUGACUUCCCUGCAGUUGACUGGGUCAUCCAGGUGGACUGCCCGGAAGAUAGCGAUACCUAUAUUCACCGGGUCGGGAGAACGGCGCGGUACGAGCGAGUAGGUCGCGCCGUGCUCUUCUUGGACCCCAGUGAGGAGAAGGGUAUGCUCAAGCGACUAGAGCAAAAGAAAGUGCCGAUCGAGAGGAUUAAUAUCAAAGCGAACAAGCAGCAGAGCAUCAAGAAUCAACUGCAAAAUAUGUGCUUCAAGGACCCCGAGCUGAAGUAUCUUGGUCAGAAAGCCUUUAUCUCUUACGUCAAGUCUAUCUAUGUGCAAAAGGAUAAGGAAGUUUUCAUCCUGAAGGAGCUGAAGCUGGAGGAGUUUGCGGGCAGUCUGGGUCUCCCUGGUGCCCCGCGCAUCAAGUUUAUCAAGGGAGACGAUACCAAAGAGCGCAAGAACUCCUCCUGGAAGAUGGCUCACCUGUCUGGCUCCGAAGAUUCGGACGGGGAGGGCGGGGCCAAGACGGCUAAGAAGGACGAGAACCAGGUCCGGACGCGCUACGACCGCAUGUUUGAGCGACGAAACCAGGAUGUCCUGGCUGAGCACUACUCCAAACUUAUCAAUGACGAUGGCACGUUGGUUGCCAUCGGUGCCGGAAAUGACGCUGGUGAGGAUGCAGACGAGGAUGCCGAUUUCCUGUCCAUCAAGCGUCGCUUUGCUGCUGGUGACGACAACCUCGGCCAUGUCGACUCGGACUCGGACUCGGACUCGGCAGAGUCUGGCUUCGAGAAGAAGGAAACCAAGGUCGUCCACCUGGAUGGCCAGGACCCGCUGGUCAUCGACUCCAAGCGCCGCGAGAAGCUCCUCAAAUCGAAGAAGAAGCUGCUCAAGUUCAAGGGCAAGGGCACCAAACUUGUUUUCGACGACGAGGGCAAUGCCCACGAGCUGUACGAGAUGGAGGACGAGGAGCAGUUCAAGGCUCGCGGCGACGCCGAUACCCAGCGCGAGCGUUUCCUGGCCGAGGAGACCGAGCGCACGCGUCACGCCGAUCUCCAGGACAAGGAGGUCGCCCGCGACAAGCGUCGCGAGAAGAAGGAGAAGCGGAAGGCCCGCGAGCGUGCCCUUGCCGAGGAGGAAGCAGGAGAGGAGGAUGGCACUGGUCAUGGGCUGCCCUUUGUGCCUUUCGAGAUCCCCGGCUCGGACUCCGCGUCCGAAGGCGAAACGGAGGCACCGAGGCCCAGCAAGAAGCAGCGCGUCUCCUUUGCAGAGCCCCACUCCGACAGCGAGGAAGGUUCCCGCAAGAAGAGCAACAAGGGCAAGCAGGUUGCUGCCCAGCCCCAGAUCGAAACUUUGGCAGAUCUCGAGGCGCUGGCCAGUGGCUUGUUGGAUUAA